GUAGGAAUAUUUACUUCCCGCUAUGACGCUGAUUCAAUAUUAUAAUUAAUAAUCACCAUAUCGGGAUCAUAUAUAUAUAAACUUAAAAGUUAAACAGUAGAAGUAUAAGAAAUAACACACAGCAUAAUGAAGAUAUCAGUUUUAUUUAUUGUUUUAAUUUCAUAUGUAUGGAACAUUCAUUGCGCUGCGACAGGGAUAUCCGAUGUCGCAUCUGUUCUUUCUUCUGUCGGACAUAAUGUAGUGCAAUUGAAAUCAGCCGCCGUAAAACCAGUCGUUGGAGAAUCACUAGGAUCUCCAUCUGAUGCUACUACAUUUGGACCUAUGUUAAAUAGCGGUGUAUUAAUAGAACCAGUACAAACCAAUGGAAAUGGUAUCUUGAGUCAAUUUCCAACGAACACAAAUAUACCGAUUCCAAUUCUUAUAAAAGAUGAUAAUUUACUGAUUAAAACUCCACAUACAGAAACUACGCCAAAACCGAUUCUCAUUAGAGAUGAUAAUUUGAUGUUAACGGGCGCUAAGGAAGCAACAAAUACAGAACUUGCGCCAGAACCUACGCCGAAACCUAUUCUAUAUAUAGAUAACAAUUUAAUGUUAACGGGUGGUAAGGAAGCGACAAAUACAGAGCUUGCACCAGAACCUACGCAAAAACCCAUUCUAUAUAUAGAUAACCAUUUAAUGUUAACGGGUGUAAAAGAAGCGAAAAAUACAGAGCUUGCACCUGAACCUACGCCAAAACCUAUUCUAUAUAUAGACAACAAUUUAAUGUUAACGGGUGGUAAGGAAGCGACAAAUACAGAGCUUGCACCUGAGCCUACGCCAAAACCAAUUCUAUAUACAGAUAACAAUUUAAUGUUAACGGGUGGCAAGAAAAUGACAAAUACAGAGCUCGCACCAGAACCUACGCCAAAACAUAUUCUAUAUACAGAUAACAAUUUAAUGUUAACGGGUGGUAAGGAAGCGACAAAUACAGAGCUAGCACCAGAAAUCACGCCAGAACCUAUUCUUUAUACAGAUAACAAUUUAAUGUUAACGGGUGGUAACGAAAUGACAAAUACAGAGCUUGCAAUAGAACAUACGCCAAAACCUGUAUUGAGUGCACAUCAAAAUAUGAAACCUUGUCCGGAAUUUAAUUCACGAUAUGAGAAAGGCUCGUUCGUUGUUACAUUAGAUGAUGGAAAAUGUGAAAUGAUAGUUAACCAGAAACCUGUCCAAGAAAAGCAGAGCAAUCCAUGGGCUCCAGGAAGACAUUCUCCAGUUUAUGAAUUAUUAACCAGAAAGUACAAUCCAGAAGUCACCUUCAGGCAGACAGCACUGGCACCAAAAGAUCAUCAUUGUCACCACCAUACAAGAAAGAUGGGAUCCUUUUUUGUAGUGGAUACCGUGUUAGGACGCUGUCAAAUGGUAAUUGGAAUACCUACACUGCCUGACCUUCGAUAUAUUAUGUCAAACACAAGACCAGCAUGGAGUCCGCCAAUGAGAAAACUGCCAAGAUGGCCUCGACGUUCUUCAGAAAGUGACUCUGAUGACUAAACUGUGUGUUUCGCUCAAUUCUAUUGAAAUCCAUCCAUUAUUUCAAUCAAUUAAUUUAUUAAAUAUUUUCGUAUA